AUGGCAACAAACGCGACGCUGCGCGCGUUCGCGACGACAUUGACGCCGACGACGCUGACAACUCCGACCGACGACGAGAACGUGCCGACGCUAGACGCCGUCGACAUCGUCAAGAUGUCGGUGCUGCUCGCGAUGGCCGCCGUCGCCGUCGUCGGCAACGUGCUGACGCUCUGCGUCAUCUACUCGACGCGCGCGCGCCACUCGACGAUCGUCGUGCUCAUCGCGCACCUGUGCGUCGCCGACCUUCUCGUCACCGUCUUCUGCAUGGUCGUCGACGCCGCGUGGAGCUACACGGUCGCCUGGAACGGCGGCGACGCGUCGUGCAAGAUCGUCAAGUUUCUGCAGGUGUUCGGGCUCUACGCGUCGACGUACGUACUCGUGCUGAUCGCCGUGGAUCGCGCGCAUGCCAUCAUGGCCCCGAUGGCGCGCAUCAAGGCUCCGAUGAGGCUGCGCAUCAUGCUGACGAUAGUGUGGCUGGGAAGCGCUCUGCUGGCAGUGCCGCAGGCGAAGCGCUCGUCGCUGCGACUCAGCCUCGUCAUCGUCAUCGCCUUCGUCGUCUGCUGGGCACCCUACUACGUCAUCAUGAUCGGCUACGUCUUCGGGCUCGGCUUCGUGCGCGACAACGAGCACGUCGUCUACGGCGUCGUCUUCGCGUUUGGCAUGGCCGAGAGUGCCGUCAAUCCGAUCAUCUACGGCGCCUUCCAUCUCGCGAGAUCUCGCCGCCGGUCGGCGCAGCGCAGCGCGUUCGCGACGAGCUCGCGCAGGACGACGAUCUUCCUCUUCCGGCGGAAGCGGGCGCCGUUCGAAUCGGUGGAGUUCUACCAGUGCGUGACGCAUGGCAGCUACACGGCGCCGUGGCAGGAGCGGCUGUACAGCGCCGGCAGUCUCAUCAUGCUCUUCCUCGUGCCCCUCGUCGUCAUCAUCGUCUGCUACGCUCUCAUUUUCUACACGAUACGCGCCAAGACGCGGGAGAGCGGCGACGGCUCGGGCGGCGACCCGCACGGAAACGGUGAGGAGUAG